AUGUCCUUCCAGCGUGUUGGUCUGCGCCUUGUGCAGCAGCAUUUGCGCUCGCCUGCUUUUCGACCCCUCUUCCGAUCGACCUUCCAGCGACGCCUCGCGAGCAGUGGUGUCCCGAGCCCACCUGGUCAAGGAACAAGCAAACUGGUUGGAACGGCAGACAAUGCCUUCAACCGAGAACGAGCUGCUAUCUCUGGCGUCGACUCUCAAUCUAGUAUGAAACCCCCAGAUACCACUCACCAUGAAGAGACUUGGUUUCUAACCACCCACCACCCAUACAGCGUCGUAAUUCCGUGCCUGAUCAUAGCAAGUAUCAACGCCUACAACCUGUGGAACGAACAUUGGGAGCAUUGGUCACAUAUGCCCCCUCUAGAAGAGCGUGUUGAAUACCCUUACCAGAAUAUCCGGACCAGAAACUUCUUUUGGGGAGAUGGUGACAAGACUCUCUUCUGGAACGAUCAGGUCAACUACCACAAGAAGGACAAGCAGACCUAA